AUGAAAUCAUCACUUGCUUUGUUUUCUGGGCUUCUAGCUCUUGUCGGGGCUGUUCCCGCGGGCAAACUUCCAGCACGAUCUCUGCCACCGCCAGACAUUGACGCUAUCAAGUCCGUUAGCCCCAAGACAUUCAAGAGCUAUCCAUUCAACUACACGGAACGUGGUGAUGAGUCUGACUCCAAGCUUUCGAAGCGCUGGGAUUGCAACACUAGAGAUCAGACCAUAUUCACCUGGGGUGACACGGAUAAUGGUGGCAAGGGCAUUACCAUAACGAAUGCCGACAGUGACUGGCGUGGGUUUUACUUCUAUCAUAAUAACUGCGAUUAUGUACCAUACAAAUAUGUUUGGAUCAACGCAGGCGAGACCCAAUUUGUCUCUGUGCCUGAUGGCUUUGAGGGCCGUGUUGUGCGCGGAACUGACGAGUGGAAUUUGGGAGGAGUUCCUCGCCCCCUUGCCUCAUGGUUCGAGUUCAGUUUUGACCAGAACGGCUGGAUCUGGGGAGACGUCUCUCUCAUUCGAGGAUGUGAUGGGAGCGUACUAAUGUGGUCUCUGGAUGGUUCCGGUGCGUGGAAAGGAUUCACACAGUGGAUCCUAGACGGCGCCCCCAGUGGUGCUUACGAUCAGAAGCCGUCUGGAAAUUGGGUGUUGAAGGCAACCGAGAAUUGGGACGGCUCAAUCAAUACAAUUCCAAGAGACUGGGAACUUCAACAGGUUGGUGCUGACUACGUCUACGUCGACGAUUACCAUGGCAACCCGGUCAUUACCUCGACCAACGGGAGGUUUGGCACGUACUGGCCUGGUGGCAGGCUCUGA